AUGGGGGUGAGCUACCAGCUCUUUCUCUAUUUUCUGCUGUGGGGAGGUCCAGAGCUAUGCUACCCUGAGCCUUUGUGGCUCUCGCAGAGUGGAACCCCAAAACCCCUGAGGUCCUCGUUGCCAGUAGAGGUGAAGUGUCUGGAAGCUAAGCUGGUGGUGGCUGUCAGCAGAGACCUUUUUGGCACUGGGAAGCUUGUGCAGCCUACAGACCUUACCCUUGGCCCUAAAGGCUGUCGGCCCCUGAUCUCCAAGACUAUGGACACAAUCAUGUUUGAGGCUGCCUUGCAUGAGUGUGGCAGUAGCUUGCAGAUGACAGAAGAUGCCUUGGUGUACAGCACCUUCCUGCUCCAUGACCCUCACCCUGCAGGUGGCCUGUCCAUCCUGAGGACUAACCGAGUAGAGGUUCCCAUUCAGUGCCGCUACCCCAGGCAGGGCAAUGUGAGCAGCCAAGCGAUCCUACCCACCUGGGUGCCCUUCAGCACCACUGUGUCCUCGGAGGAGAGGCUGAUUUUCUCUCUGCGUCUCAUGGAGGAGAACUGGACCACUGAAAAAACAUCCCCCAGCUUUCACCUGGGAGAAGUAGCCCACCUCCAGGCAGAAGUCCACAAGGGUAGCCACCCACCACUGAAGCUGUUCGUGGACCACUGUGUGGCCACAUCUACGCCAGACCAGAACUCCUGGCCUUAUCAUAUUAUUGUGGACUUCCAUGGUUGCCUUGUGGAUGGUCUCUCUGAGAGCUUUUCUGCAUUUCAAGCCCCAAGACCUCAACCAGAGACUCUCCAGUUCACUGUGGACGUCUUCCAUUUUGCCAACAGCUCCAGAAAUAUGAUGUACAUCACCUGUCACCUCAAAGUCACUCCAGCUAACCAAACCCCAGAUCAACUCAACAAAGCAUGCUCAUUCAACAAGACUGCCAAUAGUUGGCUGCCAGUAGAGGGCACUGCUGACAUCUGUGAUUGCUGUAACAAAGGUGACUGUAGUAUCUUGGGUUCUUCUGGGAGUCAGACCCAUGGGGUGAGCCAGUGGCCCAAGUCAGCUUCCAGAAACCGUAGGCACGUGAGAGACGAAGCUGAUGUCACAGUAGGGCCACUGAUCUUCCUGGGAAAGGCAAGUGACCAUGUUGUGGAGGGCUGGACCUCUUCCUCCCACACGUCUGUGGCCCUGGGCUUAGGUCUAGCCACAGUGGCAUUCCUGACCCUUGCUGUUAUUAUCCUGGGUGUCUCCAGGAAGUGUCACACUGCUUCUCACCCUGUUUCCCCUUCUCAAUAA